AUGCGGCUGCGCCUCGUGCUGCCCCCUCACACGGGCGCCCUGAGGAGGGGCAAUCAAUGGACCCUGCUCUACAUGCAAACGAGGAGAUACUCGAACACCCCAAAGGUGAACACCCUGAAGAGCAUGGACAUGCCCAGUAUCCGCAAAAGUAUUGAGUUGAGCAAAAAAAAAAACCUCAAAUCAAAAAUCCUCUGGAGGAACUACCUCUACGUAGUGAUUCUAAAACUGUAUAACAACCAAGUCAGCAAUUAUGUGGACCUCAUGAUUAUUUUAAAAUUGUUAAGCAACCAAAUCUCCUUAGAGAAAAAAGUGUUGAAUUUUAUUUGUGAAAAGUUGGAGAAUCACAUGUACAAACUAACCAUAAGGGAAUUGAGUCUACUAAUGUUGGUUCUAAGAAAACACAAAUUCGAUAAUCUGUACUUCCUCAACCUGGUGGCAAAGGCUAUACUAAUAAGAAUGAAUAAGAAUUUGUCUUAUAAAGAUUUGGCUUUGAUCACGUUUAGUCUGUCUAGAAGCAUUACCUUAACAGAAAAAGUUUACACGAAUGAAAUUUUCCACCUAAGUGUUGCUAAAAUACACAACGAUUUGAAGAAUCUGAAUUUCCAUUCUCUCACUUUGUUCUUCUACUCUUAUAGUCUUUAUUUUCUUCACCACUUUGAACACUUCAACUCCUUUUUUUACAUGACCAAGAAUUUUAUUCAAGUGAUAAAAAAAAAUUUGUAUCUCUUCAACCCCACCGAUCUGAUGUUUACCUUUUUAUCGACCCUCCACAUGCAAGGCGCGCUUAAUAAUGUGGUCAGGAGUGUCAAUUGCAACAACGUGAGGUGUCCCUCAAGUGGAGAAAUCUCACACAGUAGUAUUAAUGCACCUGUGCUCAAGGGAGGAGAGACUAUGAAUAAUCAUACCUUGACCAAGUACACCGAGAAGAAUGAGCAAACAACAUUUGUACCAGCGAAGACAACUCCAGGGAAAGGACUCACCACGAGGAGUGUUAUUCCUACACGCGCUCUUCCUCACACAAAUUGCACCAAUGGAGGAAAGGUAGAGCAGCAGGAUUGGACAGCCCGCGAAGAGACACUGUCACAUUUCACAACCCAAGUGAGAUACGCAAUUGUGGAAAAGCUAAAAUGCUUCAAAGUGGAAGAAGUAACAAACGUGCUGUUUGCCUCCCUAGAUAAAAAUAUUAGCAUUAACAAGAGGUACUUUCCCUUUCUUCAAAAGGACAAAAUACAAAUUGAAGAUUACCUGCACGUGUACGUGAAGAAGGGACAGAGGUGGGACGAGAAGGAAGACUCCUCCCACGUGGUCCCCCAAUCAGCGAACUACAUCAUCAGAGUUAGCCAAGACACUAACGAGGAAGAAUAUUUCCUUAACGCAUUGUCGGAGGAAAUAAUUUAUCGUAACGAAUUCCUCACCGCGAGGCAAAUACUUUUACUUCUGUAUGCUUUGAGAGGAAGUAACACUCCAUUUAUACAGCUGGAGAAAAUUCUUUUGAAGCGAUUGGUGUGUUUGGACCAGGAGUUAACCAUUAGCCAAGUUAUGUUUGUCUACCAGUACCUCUACUUCAGGACGUGCCUGUUUCACGAAUUAAGGCGGUAUGACCCAAAAGUGUGUAAACAGGACGGGCAAUAUGCACAGGACAGCGAAGAGGUGUUCCUUUUGUGCGAUGGUGACAAUGGAACGAGGGAAACUGAUCAACAGGGAAAACAACCCACCGUACCCAGUGAAUGCAAAAGGGAGAGAGAUAAUCAAGUGUACUACCUACACGAUGAUACAUCCCACUUGAAGAAAAGGAGAAAAAGGGACAAGACAAAAAUUUUUCUGUAUAAUAAUUUUAUUUUUAAGUACCCUGCACAAGUCAGUACAACACAAGGGGAACAAGUCACAAAUUUACAAAAAAAAAAAAAAUUAAAAUAUUUUAUUAAUUUUAACAGAAAGGAAGAUUCCUUGGCGGAAGGAAAUCAUUCAACCGCAACACAUGAUGGGAAAAACAACCCACCCACUGGAGAGGCCGAGUACCAAAUCACGUGUUACAAUUUCUACCUGGAUGUGUACAAAAUUGUUUGUUUAAAAAUGGUAAACUUUUUAAAAAAUGAAAAACUAACCACACGCAACACCAUACACAUAUUAGAAAUAUUCAAAAAAUUAAAUAUAAGGGAUUACAGAAUUAUUAAACACUUGUAUAAAAUGGAGAAAGAUAUUUUAUUCUUGGACAACGCCAGCCUGGAAAAGGUUUUAAAAGUCCUUCUUAAAUUUAACCUGUACAACAUAAUACAUUAUUUGGGGUUUCACAGAAUUUUACAAUUCAUUAACUUCAACUCGGUGGAUGAAUGCGUUUCCAUUUUGGGUCUCCUUGGUCUGCUCUCCACUCGCAGGAAGACGAAACACUAUGAGGGGGAGGAGAGGGAAAAGGAAUUCUCCCAUUUGCCCAACUCAUGCACUGAAAAUGCCGUCAAUUAUAUUUUAAAAAAUGUAACAGACUUGACAAGUACCCAUGAGUUAGAGAAGCUUCAGAUAACACCCGUAUACAAUUCCCUACCUCUAAAAUAUUUCAAGCUGUUCAAAAAUGUCCGCUCUGUGAAAGGCUUGGCUCAACUUUGUUUUCAACAGAGUGGGGAAAAAAAAAAUCACCUUGCCUGGUCAGGUGAAAAUGACCAAAAAAAGGCGAGCAAUUUUGUGUUGCAUUGUGUGGAUGACGUCAACCUGGGGGAAGUGUCGCUUGGGUUGGGCGGUCACCGAUCACUCGAUUGCGGAUCAUGCGGUUACCUAUCACUGGACCGCUGGGGUGCCAGUCAAACGAGACAAACUCCAAGUGCCACUGCGUGGACAAAUUGCCUGAACGAGUACAGAGAUGUGCAGGAGGAAAUAUUUCAAGACCUGCACACAAUAUUUCCUCGGACGGUUGAAGUUUAUAAAAAUGUGAACGUGUCCAAUUACACAUUUCCGCUAGCUAUUAAUUUGCUAACGCUGGGGGGAGCAGCGCCUAACACGACUGACGCAAUUGACUCGGUUGGCGCGACUCAUUCAGCUGCAAGUCAAUGCCGAAGCGCUGGACCCAGUUGGGCACAAAAAAAACUGGACACGAAAAAUACCGUCCUUGUGGACAUCCUGUAUGGCCACGACUUUUACUACUCCCUCAGUGGAAGCAAAGAGCAGCAGUUGAAGAAACACAAAAUUUACGUAUCCUACUAUGGCAUGCAUGCGAAGAAGGUAAAUAAAAAAAUGCUUAAUUAUAAAAAAUAUAUCAUAUUGAAGUGCGUUAAAAAAAUUGGGUACAACUUCAUUUGCAUUGAUGCCAAGAAGUAUGUAAAAAAUAAAAAAAAAAACAAAGACAAUCACCUGAACAAAGGUUACCUAAUUAGUUUGAUUCUCGAUUUGGUUAAGAGAAAGAAAAGAAUUCCCAUGGCAAGAAACAGAAGGGUCAUUGGAAAAAAUAGCUCAGCUACGUCGCGACAACGACGCAGAAGGAGGUCAAUUUUGCGAGAGAAAAGACACUCGUGCAGCGUUGAAGAGUUUGCCUCCCAUGUGGGAACAAACAAACACCUGUGCAAGACGCACGCCGGGGGAGAAAAGGCGGGCCUCCCCGGGACAAACCAUCUGGACAAGUUGAGGCACAUGUUCCAGCUUGGGUAG